GCACGUAAGAAGAGGAAUGAUGAAAGUUGCUACCAAUACAUGUUGACGAUGAAGGAGCUUGGACGCAGAGCGAAAUUUGCGGAUUACGUGUGCAUACAGUACAUAAUUGAUGGAAUUCCCGACGACGAGUAUUUUAAGGCGUGUUUGUAUGGCGCUACGACGUUUCCUGUGCUAAAAGAGAAGUUAGCUAUUUACGAAAAGAUGAAGCAAAAGAGGGCGCAGCAAUUACCACGGCGAGAACAGCAACGUGAAGUGACGGCGACGAAGAAUAAACCUGUGAAAGAAGAAAGAAAUAGCGGGGGCAAGCAAUGGCGGCAGCGUUGUUACAAGUGCGGCAUAGUGGGGCAUGUAGCAAGUGCAUGUCAGAAUGGAGUCAAAUGUUUCAAAUGUAAUCAGUUCGGCCAUAUUGGACAACGGUGCGGUACAGUUGGCAACAAUGUAAGCGCGGGCGUUGGCGCGAGUGGAAGCGGCGCGACGGCAGCGACCUCUACAGCGGCGGGAGUGUCGGUGCAACAGGGCGCGAGAACGGGACGGAUGACACGAAGCGGAACGCGCUACGGCCUGUCGGUACAACAGGAAGAGGGUGAGACGGCCCAAUCAGAAGCGAGCGAUUUCUCCGCCAUGUUUGGUUCGACGAUGAUGGCCGACGACGUAAACAAACCGCAAGAUAACCUACAAAAAUCGACAAAAUUUGUAAAAAUACGUGACAAAACAGUGAGUGCGCUUAUAGACAGUGGAAGCGAGGUAAAUUUAAUCUCGGAGGACUUAUACGAUGGUGUCUCAAUGCCAAAAAUUCCCGAUAAUACGACAUUUACUGGACUCGGACAUAAAGUGGUGCGAUCCUGCGGAAAGUUGUAUACAAACAUUGAUAUCGACGGACAGUGUUACGACGAAGUGAUAUUUCAUGUCACAUUUCUAGUCCGGGAGUGAGGGAUGAGGUGAGACGCUUGCUCGAGGACUACGCACCGGCGCAGACGAGGGAGGCGCCUAUACAACUCAAGAUCGUAUUGAAAGAUGAGGUGCCAGUAGCUCAGCGACCUAGACGUGUGUCUCUGAUGGAGCAGAAGAUCAUUGAGGACCAGGUAGAUGAGUGGAUGCAAAACGGGAUUGUUCAGGUCAGUUAUUCUGAAUAUUGUAGUCCAU